AUGGCUCGGGUGAAUGGAUCUGCUGCCUUGCUUGAUAUCGUUCUCGAUUACGCUGUAAACAUGUACGGCACGUCCGGUGUCUAUGUCCAUUUGGGUCCAUGUCAUAACAGCUGCUGUCCUGCCAGUGACGACAUUGGGUGCAUUUAUAACGAUUGGCAUUGGGUCUCACACGCACUUGGGGAGGAGGGACAGGCUGGGGAGGUACUGGAGGAGGAGGGGUCACAAAGCGUUGGGGAGGUCUGCGGGAACGUGGUGGCCGUUGUAGAGGUAGCGGAUUGGGACGCAGAGGUGUGGGAGAGGGGGGUGCCUAUUGACAAAUAUACAACCGCACAAAGCUUCAAAAGAUUUUGGUCGUCUCUCGUCUGUCCUCCUCCUGAGUCUUUCACUGUGAACUAUUUCUACGGCCGUAGUAUACGAUACAAUAUGGCAGAAGCAGAGAAUCCACUUUCUUCUGAACAGGUCUCAACAUUAUUGAGCGACGUGCAAGUUUCUGCGCAGGCCACUAGUAGUGCUCUCCGGCCCUUGAUGGAAAAGGUCAAGACGAACGAUUCAUCACUUGAUAUGUCUUCGGGAUUAUCUCUGUUACUCCUACGUCCUCACCUGCUACUCUCAUCGCUGCAUCACCUGGUGAUCCUCUUGGCUUUACGGAUACAAGGGAUUGAACCGUCGUCAGGCUUGUACGCAGAAACUUCAUUCGCGUCCUCUUCGCGAUCACCUCUAGUGAUUGACAAGCCCGAAGAUGCGAUGAGAGAGAUCAUACGAGAACUGAGCGUGAACCGCGAGGUCAUGGAUAAGAUCAAAGGGUUAGAAGGAAAGUUAGAGUAUCAAAUCAAGAAACUGUCCGCUCUCGCCGAAGCGGAAGAGGUUCGCGGUCAGGCAAUAGUGGAGGAAGUUGAGGAUGACCCUCUGUCCUUUCGUCCAUAUACUUCCGCCAUGUUGUCAAGCGUUGCCAAGGAUUCAACCAGGGAUGCAGACGACGACGGGCCUUCUGCAGUCUAUCGUCCACCUAGGGUCGCAGCGGUGCCAUACACAGAGUCCACCAAAUCCCGUCGUACCGAACGACGGGCUCCCGCUCUUCUAUCAGAGUUUGCAGCAACAAUGAACGGCGCACCUCUACUCCAAUCCACCUCUGGUUUGGCUACUCGUCCGGUCCAAGCGCAAUCGCAUUCCAACUCGACCUCAGCUAAACGAGCUGCAGAACUGGCUAGAAUGAAUCAGUUCGAGGAGGAGAAUAUGACAAGGUUGGUCACCAGUAAACGUGAAGCUAAACGACGGAGGGAAGAUGAAGAGGCUUUGGCGUUGGGAUACGGGGUUGGUGGUCCGGCCAGGAGUAGAGGCAGAAGACAGAACGGAUUGGAAGCGGAAUUGGAGGGUGUGUUAGGUGAACGAGGAUCCAAAGGUUUAUGGGAGAGCGUAAGUAGUGGUAUAGGGAAGAGGGGCGGGGUUUUAGACAGAGCCAAGAAGGGCGGUGUCAAAGAAAGCGAGGGGGGGAGGAGGAAGAAAGCGAGGUUUGAGAAAGAUGUCGCGGGACAUGGUAAGAAGAGAUUAUAG